AUGGUUACGAAUGCCGCAUACAAUGGAGAUUUUAAAAAGAAUCCCAACAACUUCGAACAUUUUAAAACAAACUUCUUUUGUCUAUAUGUUGACGGAGAACAAGUUCCAUCAAAACCGUUACAGCCCCACUUUGAAAAAUCAAAGGAUAAAUAUGUUAUGGCAUAUCAUUCGAUGUUCUCCGGUUCUGGUGUACAUUUUAGCGAUAAUGGCACUGUUAUCAGUAGGGAAGACUUUGGUCGAGGAUACUGUCUGAUGGCAUUCGACCUAACACCAGAUUUAUCUGCAAGUGACACUACACAUUGGAAUCUGGUGCGUAACGGUAGUGUUCGAAUGGAACUCGGAUUCGACGAUGCGCUUACCGAAACUGUCAACUGUUUGGUUUAUGCCGAGUUUGACAAUGUUAUCGAGAUUGAUCGACAGCGUAAUGUAAUUGUGGACUUUGGCGGUUAA